CGGCUGUGUGCCGUCACUCCUGCCGGAGAACCGGUUCGUCCAGUUCAAAAAACAAAAAAUGGAACCGCAAACUAUUUGGAGAACUCGAGUGACGGAGAGCAGAAUCGAGGAGAGCAGCGGAGCGCAGAGCCGGUUCCAUCACACAAAGGUUCUUCAGUGCCGUUGAUGCUUUCAUUACACAAAAGGACAGAUGUAAUGGCUCACCAAUCCAGAAGCGGAGCUGGAUUCACUUCAAAAGACCAACGAGUACCUUUCGAAAACCUCUGAAAACAUUCGUCUGCUCUCAAACCCUCAGACUUUAAACGACUGUACGUAAAUAGCGGCACAAAUAGUCCCCCGGACGUAAUGCUGGACAACACGAAGACUUACGUCGAACUGGGUGUCGCCAAGCUGGAGAACGUCCCCGAAGCCCUGAAACCUCGCCAGUCGCGCCUCGGAGGCGGUCGAGAUCCCGAUGAGGAGAGCUCCACAAACGCACUCAACACAAGCACUUCUUCCUCUCCAAACGCCUCAGAAAGUGCCGAACCCGACGUCAUCGACAGGAGAUUUAGUUUGGCGACCGUCUCGGAGACGUCCAGGACUUCCAAUGCCACCGUCGAGGGUUCUCAAAGCUCUCGGAGCAGGUUCCUCGUGGGUCCCGCCGACGCCGACGAGCUGCAGGAAUCCCAGCGGAGCUGCGGGUGUGUGGUGUCGUUCCCGUACUGUCUGGAGGAGACGCCGCUAAUGGUGUCGGGACUGCUCCUGACGGUCCUCUUCUGCGUGACCAUCAUCGUCAUCAUCCCGUCCACCGGCAGGAACCUGGUCACUCACGUGGCGGCGUUCGCAGUGGUGUGUGUGGUGGUGUGUGUCUGCGUGGCUCUUCUGGCGUGUUUGCCGUGUUUGCCGGUGCUUCGGCGGGGAGAAACGCCACUCGCGCUUUUCAUCUGGUCUCUGCUCCUCAUCAUCGCCUUCGUGUUCGUCUUCACCGGAGGAGUCGUCACCCCCUGGGACCAG